GCUGAGCUGAUUCCGAAGGCCUGUAUGCUCUCAACUGCUAGUCUACUGUAACAAUUGGCUUAGGAACCCGUUCCGUCUAAUUUGUUGCCCGCUAUGAGCCAAGCCCGACGCUCGCCUGUCUUGAGCCGUUCCUCUUCUGGUCUCCCUGGAGGAGAGAAGGCACACCCUCUUCCGGAGGCUAUACCUGAAGAAACCACAAGCAAAGAUAUCCAGGAUGGAGCUGCCGCGCCAGGGGCGGGACGUUUCUCGUGGCUGAGCCUUGACAUGACGAAGGCCGAAUGGGACAUUCUCAUCGCCUCAACAUGCCUGAAGGUUCUGCUGUUCCCCGCAUACCGGUCAACGGAUUUCGAGGUGCACCGUAACUGGUUAGCAAUCACCCAUUCGCUGCCUAUUUCCAAGUGGUACUACGAUACAACUUCUGAAUGGACGCUCGACUAUCCGCCUUUCUUUGCGUAUUUCGAGAAGCUGCUGUCAAUUCCCGCAUAUCUGGUCGACCCCCGAAUAGUCGACCUCAAUAACCUGAACUAUGGCGCGUGGUCUGUAAUCGCGUACCAGCGAGCAACAGUCAUUGUCACCGAGCUUGUGCUUGGUGCUGCUGCACUGAAAUUUGCGCGAGGGGCGGAGAAUCCAACUAUGCAGCGCAUUAUAUCUGCGUCGCUGUUCCUGCAUCCCGGUUUCCUAAUUGUGGAUCACAUCCACUUCCAGUACAACGGGUUUAUGUUUGGCAUCCUCCUCUGGUCUCUACUCAUGGCUCGCAAUGGCCGCAAACUCGCGAGUGGCUUCCUAUUCGCAGUGCUACUCAAUUUCAAGCAUAUCUACCUCUAUCUAGCCCCAGCAUACUUUGUGUACCUCCUCCGCUCAUAUUGCUUGUCGCCCACUGGCACGCUGCUUCCUGGUCGCUUCCUCUCUCUUGCCAACGCCGUCAUCCUCGUGUUCCUUGCUUCUCUUGGGCCAUUCCUGCUCAUGGGUCAACUGCCGCAGCUACUAAGCCGACUCUUUCCAUUUACGCGUGGGUUGAACCAUGCGUACUGGGCAUCCAACGUGUGGGCUUUGGUUACAGCCCUAGACCGUGUCCUGCUCAAAUUCGUGAGCAAAGGGCAGUUGAGCGGCCUGGACGUGAACGUAUCUGGUGUAGCGUCUACCUCGCGAGGUCUUGUAGGAGACACCAUUUUCGCGGUCCUUCCGACCGUCAAGCCGAUGCACACCUUCGCCAUCACAGUCGCGUUCCAGACUAUCUAUAUGGGAAAGCUCUGGACUAACACCUCGUACAAGUCAUUCGUGACGGCGUUGACAUUGUGUGGCUUUACGUCGUACAUGUUCGGCUGGCAUGUGCACGAGAAGGCCAUUUUGCUUGUCCUCGUCCCUCUCAGCUUGUUGGCUGCCCAGGACAACGCCUACUUCCGCACUUUCAUGAUUGCGUCCGUAGCGGGGAUAUAUUCGCUGUUCCCCCUUCUCUUCACGCCCGCAGAGACGUUGGUCAAGAUCAUAUAUUCGGUGCUUUGGGCCGUCUUCAUCCUCAGGCCGAUUCACCGACAAGUGUAUCAGUUCCCCCAAGGAAUCUUUGCGGUGGGCAUCGACGUCCUGGAGAGGCUAUACAUCGCAGGUUUCCCUCUGCUUCAGCUUUUCGUAACCUUGUUCCCACUCGUCACAAAGAGGCGUACCCCCUCCGAGGCAGCUGCGAGCGAGAAGGGAACUGGUGUGGACGAGAACGGGUCGGCCCUGGAGUUCCUUCCACUGAUGUUGACGAGCGUGUACUGCGCGGUCGGGCUGGUGUGGGCAUUUGUUCGGUUGUCUGUAAUCUACCUCACGCGCAACGAUUGAAUAUCACUUGUACUCGC